CCAACACGACAGUCCAUAAAAUUCCAUUUACAUCAGUAGACAAUAAUCCACACAACAAACAUAUAUCAGUAACUACAAUUCUCAUUAACUCCUACUACAGUAAACGUAAGAAGUGAUCAAACUCUUAUCAACCGAGCAUAGAAUAAACAACCCGUCGCGUCAUCUCUUCCAACUCCCACCGCGAUCUCUCUUUCCUCCGUUCUAUUCCUCCGUUUCAUUUCCACGAGUUGAUUGUUUUUAUAUUGAAAAGGAGAAGAUACUAUCUAUUGAAGAGCAGAACAGCAGAACAGCAACGACAGGAGUACAAAUGGCGUUUAUGACUACGGCUGCGAUCGCGUCAAAUAGCAACGACGACGAAACACCCCACCCCCGCUUACCCACCACCACCACCACCACCCACCACAGCCAUCCCCCCACAACAAGCGAAGCCGCCCUCGCAGCCGCCGGUCUUCUCUCCACCACCUCCUUCUCCACCACACACGCCAACAACAGCAACGGCACAGAAACAGCAGCAGCAGCAGCAGCAGCAGCAGCAGACCACGAGAUCGAUGCGAUAAUCGCGCGGAUCGGCGCUCGGCAUGCGAUCGCGGGGUACUUGAUUGUCGAUCUGGUGGACCGGAGCGUGGUGCGUAGUCAGAUGGUUGGGUCGGACGGGAGGGUUUUGUUUGGACGGCGGGCGGGGAGGGGUGGUGGUGUGGAGGGAGAGGGGGAGGGGGAGAGUGCGGAGGAGUUGGUAGAGCGGUAUGCGGAGAUGUGUGUGAAGUUCGUUGGCGCAGCUACUGAACUGAGCGAUCAAUUCUUUGAGCAGGAGGAUGGGUUGAAGUUACUACGGUUAAGGACCGUGCAGCACGAGUUGAUAAUCAUUCCAGAUCCCCGGUUCGUGCUCGUGGUUAUACAUGAACUCCAUCGCUGAUCCAGAUAUAAUACCAUCUCUCUUCUCUCUCUCUCCACCACCCUCAAAGACCUCCACCUUCUAAUCAAGAAUUUAUAACUAAACAGCAAUAAAUAACAAAAAAACUGCAGAAUAAAGAGUAAAAAAAACAGCAAAAAUAAAGGGCAAUAUACGGUCUGAACCGUAGGAGAAUCGAACCCCUGUCACCUGCUUGGAAGGCAAGUAUGAUAACCACUACACUAACGGUCCCUUUUUUUUUAAAAAAAAAUACCCUGACCUUUAUCAACCUGUCUCACUUCCACAGCAACUUCUAGUAAGAAGAAGAAAGAACAGAAGCAAGUCUGUGAGGCUGAGGAGGUGUGGAGGCUGGAGAUCUUAUGUCGUAAGACGAAAUUGAAACGCGA